AAUCUCCGUUUAGCGUCAGUAUGUAUCAUCAAUGACGGUAACAUAUAACUCAGGAAAAAGUCAUUCGUGGUCCUUUAAAACUUGAAGAUCAUAACCUGCUCUCGACUUUUUCUCUAAGAACAAGUUCCGAGGGAACUUGUACUCCCGUGACCUCAGCGAUCUUCCGCAGGAUCGAUGUGUGUAUUUCAAUUUGAGUACUACUUAAGUACAUAUUGAGAAAGGCAGCACACCUAACUCGAAAAUCAAAGACUUACCCAAUUUUCUUAUCAUUGUUGCUGAUGACCUCGGUUGGUCUGAUGUGUCACCAUUCGGUAGUGAAAUCCACACACCCAAUCUUCAAAUUCUUGCUGAUAGAGGCAUUCGAUUUACUGAUUUUCAUACGGCUUCGGCAUGUUCACCAACUCGAUCAAUGCUAUUGAGUGGCACAGACAAUCAUAUUGCAGGUCUUGGUCAAAUGGCCGAAACUUUGGGACUUCACCCAAAUAUUUGGCAAGGAAAAGUUGGAUACGAAGGUUACCUCAACUAUCAAGUUGCUGCUCUUCCUGAGAUUUUGCAAGAUGCCGGCUACUUUACCACAAUGAGUGGUAAAUGGCAUCUUGGAAUGGCUCCUAAUCAAAUUCCUGUGAAACGAGGUUUCGAUGAUAGUUUUUCCUUAUUACCUGGUGCUGGUAAUCAUUAUGCCUAUGAGAUGUCUGUCUCAUUCCUUCCACCAGUCUAUGUGCGCAAUGCCGAAUAUAUUGGCUAUAAAACUUUAAAAGACUUUUAUUCAACUGAUUACUUUGCUACACAACUUAUUGAAAGCUUGAAAUCGAACGCCAUGAAUAGCAGAAAACCUUUUUUUGCUUAUCUUCCUUUUACCGCUCCUCACUGGCCUCUUCAGGCUCCUGCUGAUCUUAUCGCCAAAUAUAAAG